UGGAAAUGGGACCAAACUAUGGAGAUUAUUACUUUCCUGUUGCUUCACCAACUGCUCAAGGCACUAUAACUACUGGUUUGGGCAAUGGUAAUUACCAUCUUACAGCACAGCUGCUUGGAGAGUCUUCUUCAACUGUUCAACUGCCCCCAACUCAGGAAUCAUGUCCACAAGUUGUCAAGCUUCAAAAUCCACUUGGAGCUGCAAAUGGUGCACCACCACCUUUCAGUCCGACGACACAGUGGGCCAAUAAUCCCAAUUUGCAGUUGCCACAUUCUCAACUAUCCACUGGCCUGGGGCCAACCCCGGAGAUGAUGCAGUUCAGAGGAUUAAGCAGUUUCUCUUCUGGUGGAAGGUACUCCAAUGGAUCUCAAUCAAACACUCAAAAGCAGCGAGGACCCAAGGGUAAUAUUCAUCUUAUUCCCAAACUACGUGAAAUGGGAGAAUCAUCAUCAAGCAGGAGUGCUAAGAUGAAAAUGACUUUGCCAGACAACAAUCAGCAAUCAACUGAGCUUCAGCUGGGUACCUUGCUUAAUCCAACUACUCAACGCAAUGGAAACCCUCAGCCGCCAAGGCUUAUGAGAAACUCACUUUAUGAUCCAAUAUUCGAGCAAAUGGGCCUUCCCAUAGAUCCCCAUCUGAGGAUGUUUGUACGUAGGCAGGAAGCGUACACAAUGUAACAUGUAGGAUUUGCGUUGAUCGAAGCAAUGACUUCCUGUUCGCAAGAGAGCUUCCAUAUACAACAUAUUGCUGAGAUUUUAAUAUAGUUUAAUUUUUGUUUUGAUAAUUGGCCAUCGAACUUUGGACAUGGUACAACUUUGACGUAUGUUAGGAGAUUUUAUCAAGACUUCGUAGAGUUGCAUGUUAAUUUUGUGGUUUGAUUUUGUUUGAUUGUUAAAUACUCUUCUGCUCA